GUGGAAGACAGUCAGACUUAGCUGGAGACAGCAGUUCAGGCCGGCAAGAGUGCAAAGUUUGGAGGGAAACCAAAGGAUGAGAGGGUUUUCCUUCAUGGUGACGCUGGGUCUGUUGCUUACGGCUACCACCGACGGGAUGAGCAGCAAGAAGAAACGGAGGAAGGGUAGGAUUUCGGUGUACGACCGCAAGCGCGAGUGCGAGACGGAAACGUGUGGCCACCUGGUGCCGCUGGAGGCGAAGAACUGCGUUCACGAGUGCGUGUCGCCUGAUUGCUAUCGGAAAACAUACGCAGAGCCGCUUGAAGACGGCGAAAUCAACUUGCAACUGUCCAAGAACUUCAUGGCGUGCGCUCAAAGAGACAUUAAAAAUUCCAUGGUUGCCAAGAGGCGCUCUGACCGACAAGCGGCGUCGGGGAGCGCCACUAGCAAGUCGGCUGCCACCGCUCAUGGUCCCGCUUCAGACAGCUCGCGACAAAAAGGGGAAUCACGACAAGAGUAGGUUGUGUUGUUGCACGCCGACGGCCGCGCGAUUCCGGAGUCCAUCUCUGGGGAAUACGUGGCUACCGUUGAUUCUCUCGAGGGUGGCGAUGACGCGAUGGGGAUUGAGACAUGGAUGGCCGGGGAGAUCGAGACAUGAGUCGUCUAUGAUGAGGGACGAGGGAACGGACGUUUGCAAGGUCUUGAUCUCGUCGGGUCUUUGGGUUGAUGACUUUUCAGUGGGGACCUACUGUACAUACCCCCAGCGAGCACGCGCGCUCAAACCGGUUGGUUGGCCGAGCACCAGGAACAUGGCGAGAGUGGAUGGUCUAAGUCUUGUUCCGAAGAUCAAGAAGACUAUGGACGACUUUCGACGUUCCGUUGAAGGGAACGCUGCGGGAAAACCAUGACUGGCAAUGGUGUGCGAGAACUCCGUCUUGUGAGUUGCCUCUUGAUGACAGCAAGAAACGUUGCACUGGCGUAAGAUAAACGAACCAAAAACAACGGCAACACGAGAAACUUGGUGUUCU